UGUCUGCGCCCAUGAUGUGGCAUGAAUGUUUUGUCGAUGACUGAAGUUAUUUUGAAGUAAGGAUGAGAUUAUAAAACUGUUACAUGAUAUUGGUUCAUCUCCCUACAACACAAAUUAGCUGCAUAAAUAACGCACAAAGACAGGAUGAGUUGUCAAGAGCAACAAGAGGAGGAGCUGGAGGUGCUACAUUCCAUUUAUGAAGGGGAUGAGUCAUUUAAGGAAGUCAAUCCCACAACAUUUCAGUACAAGUUUGGCGAUGAAGGCAGUUACAAGGCAUUUAAUGUAGAGAUUGUUUGGGGUGACAAUUAUCCAGAGGAGAAUCCAACCGUUAAUCUGGAUACUUUCUACAACAAACACAUACUUGCUGGAGUAAAAGAGAAAAUUCAAAGUGGCCUUCAGGAUCAGAUACCAGACUUACUUGGAUGUGCCAUGACUUUCACACUGUUUGAGUGGAUAAAGGAAAGCUAUGAGGACCUGGUGGUCGACCAACCCGAUUCACAGCCAAUUAUACAGGUUGAAGACAAACCUGAAUCAAACAGCAAUAAUAUAAUGGAGAUUUCCAAAAAGAAGGAAAAGAAAGAACAGCUCACAAAAAACCAAAAACGAAGACUGUUUGAUAAAUUGAAUGCACAGGGAGAUCGUCCACGAGGCCAUGAUUGGGUGGAUAUAAUUCGUCAUCUUAGUCAAACAGGAGGUGUGAUCAAGGAUUAGUGAUAUCCUGGUAACAAGGGUGCAAAUGACAAGUCUUCAUCACAAGGACUAUUGUGUGUUAUAUAAACAUGGAGCAAUGAUGUUCAGUGAUGGCCUUGAGUACAUGUUCUGUUGUUAUAUUGAAACAUACUGAUAAGGCCAAAGAAUGCAAUCUGAUUCACAUUUAAUCUUUUGAAACAUUUGCUGAUGAUCUUCACUAUGGGUAUCCUUAUCUAGGUCAUCUUCAUUGAUGGGUCACUUAUCUAGGUCAUCUUCAUUGAUGGAACCCUUAUCUAGGUCAUCUUCAUUGAUGGGUCACUUAUCUAGGUCAUCUUCAUUGGUGGAACCCUUAUCUAGGUCAUCUUCAUUGGUGGGUCACUUAUCUAGGUCAUCUUCAUCUUCAUUGGUGGAACCCUUAUCUAGGUCAGCUUCAUUGGUGGACCCUUUAUCUAUGUCAUCUUCAUUGAUUUGAUAGAACCCUUAUCUAGGUCAUCUUCAUUGGUUGAACCCUUAUCUAAGUCAUCUUCAUUGAUGGAACCCUUAUCUAGGUCAUCUUCAUUUGUGGAACCCUUAUCUAGGUAAUCGACAUUGGUUGAAACCUUAUGUAGGUCAUCUUCAUUUGUGGAACCCUGAUCUAGGUCAUCUUCAUUGGUGGUACUCUUAUCUAGGUCCCCUCCAAUAUUGAUGCCAAGGUCAUGUCAGCUCACCAAGGUAAUUUGUAAUUGUGAUGUCAUCACUAAGGUGAUUAAUUGUGAGAUGCCACCACAAAGUCAAAAAAGAUUGGAGGCGGGAUUACUGGAAUGUUAAUUUUAUUUUAAUGUUUAACUUUAAAUUUCUUUAUCUUGUUUAAACAAAUUCAGUACAUAACAAAAUAACUACUUAUGUAUAACAAAUUAUCCUUAAUUGAUAUUAUGAUUAAACAUGUGAUAUGCUUUACAAACAUUCACAUAAAUAC